UUACAAAUCACAUAUUCAACUAAAUUUAAUUUCAGUUACUUGGGUAGUUUAUACUCACCUUGCAUACUCGCCAAAGUUGUUGAAGUUCCAUUCGCCUGUCUACUGCCGCAUUGUAUCUCUGAUAAGUAUUUUCUGAAGCGGAUGAGGUACCAAGUAGGUGGUACCGUCGCUGCUUGUCGAAUAGCACUGGAUCGCGGAUGGGCUGUACAUUUAGGUGGAGGAUUUCACCAUGCCUAUCGUACUAAUGGAGGCGGAUUUUGUGUAUAUGCUGAUAUUUCACUUGCAUUGAAAAUUCUAUUUGCACUGCAACUUAUAGAAAAAGCUAUGAUAGUCGACGUAGAUGCCCAUCAGGGUAAUGGGCAUGAACGCGAUUUUGGUAAUGACGAACGCGUAUUUAUUCUGGACAUUUAUAAUCCACGAUAUAAAAUUAAUCCAAUUACACGGGAUCACAAGGCGAGGAGGGGAUUUCACGGAUCGUACUGUUGGUUCGAUGACUCCGACAGAGAGUACUUAGGU